AUGCUUCCAUCACUUCGCAUUCGUCAGUAUAGUAUUUCAUCCUCACCUUUAUGGAAUCCAGAAGUUAUAACAUUAACAGUCGAUAUUCUUAAUACGCCAGCAUUAAGUGGAGUUGGACAAUAUUAUGGUGUUACAUCAAAUUAUCUUUCAAGUUUAAAAGAAGGUAAUCGAAUCAGUUGUAAUGUGCGAGCAAGUAAUCUGGCAUUUCAUCCGCCUGAAGAUACAAAAACACCAAUUGUAAUGAUUGCUGCUGGAACUGGAAUUGCACCAUUCCGUGGAUUUGUUCAAGAACGAGCAGAACAAUCAAUAUGUGGAAGAGAAAUUGGCCGUACAAUACUUUAUUAUGGAUGUCGAUCAGAUAGAGAUUUUUUAUAUUCAAAUGAAUUUGAUGAAUGGUCAAAACUUGGUGUAGUGCAAGUCAAAUCUGUUUUCUCGCGUCAAGAAACUAAUGAUAAAAAGUAUGUUCAAGAUUUAGUUUGGGAAGAUAGAGAUGAAAUUGCAAAUUUGUAUCAUAAUGGUGCACGCUUUUAUACAUGUGGAAAUGCAAAAAAAUUAGCUAUAACAGUGAAAACAUGUUUUAUCAAAAUCAUUGCAGAAAUUAAACAAUGUAAUGAAGAAGAAGCAACAAACAUUUUUCAAAAGAUUUCAGUGGACAGAUAUAGUGUUGAUGUUUUUGCAUGA